AACAGGCUUACCUGACAGUAGUCGUAAUACGAAUCGACGACAAGUCAGGCAUACUCUAUAUUUUACGAUUCAAUAACAAAUGAAACUGUACAACUCUGCGAUCACCGAAGGAGGAGCCGUACGAACGCAUGAAAAUUUGUCUGGCUCCGCCGAGAAUCGAACCCGCGACCUCUAAGCAUAGACCGGUGCGCUAUCUAUCGAUUCAAGCUCGCGCUCCUAACUACAUUGUAAACAAAUUAUAUAUUUUGACAUGAGUGAUCAGCUAGAGCAACAGUCUGAAGAUGCUGUGUUUGAAGUAUGUGAUGCUCGGGAGAGGUUUCCAAUGCUAUGUGCUACAGAACUUGGGAAAUGCAUUAAACUUACCAAUGAGAUAUACAUGACAAAAGUUCUUACAGAACAAGCAAAAACCCUGGAUAUGUCAUCUUUGAUGGGUGAACGAUACACAAUACUUGAGAAAGAUCUUUCCAUAAUAAAUGGAUUGCUAAAGGCGCAAGAAAAUAAAUUGCGUGUGAUGAUGGACAAAAUCGACAACUUGAAGGCUGCUUUGGAACAAAUUAAAAGGGACAACUUGUGCGAAAUAAACAGAUUAUUGUGGAAUUAAAAGUAUUCUCUCAAUGUGUAAAUAAAUCUACCUAUUGUGUUAUACACUUGUAUAUAUUAUAUACUGUGUGUAUAUAUACUGUCAAUUAUACUAAAUCAAAAUCAA